UUGUUUCAAGCCCUAAAUACAACACUCCCUCUAGUAACUUAACAUCACCAUUUGCUUCUUUAGUAACGAAUAUUCAACGAAGCUCCACAUAUGGAUAAAACUGAAAUCAACGGUCCCAAUUCACGGUUCAUCUCCGCCGACUGCGGCAGCACCGUUAGAUCGCCCCCGCAACAUAACUACAGUAGCCGCGCCGUUCAGGAAACUUUGGAACACUUGGCAUCUAUUGAUCUCAGUGAGUUGUGCAAUGAAGCCAAAAUUGAGCGUUGUCGGGCAACUAGAGACUUGAGAAGCUGUGGGCGUUAUGUACAGUGUGUGUUGAACUCAUGUGGACAUGCCUCUUUAUGUGCAGAGUGUAGUCAACGGUGUGAUUUUUGCCCAAUUUGUAGAAUACCCAUACCUAAGGAUGGAAAUAGACUUCGGCUUCGCCUUUAUUAUGAGUGCAUAGAGGCUAGUCUGAUAUCCAAAAGAUGUGAUGAAAGGUUCCAAGAUAUAGAGGAUGGGGAGAAUCAACUAACUGCUGAUAUUCAACGGCUUUAUUCUUUGUUCGACAUUGCCUUGGAGAAUAACUUGACUUCUUUGAUUUGCCAUUAUGUUAGCGAUGUUUGUAUGGAUGAAGCUGCUGUGUCUAGUGAUCCUGUCAUUGCCUUCUUGUUGGAUGAAGUGGUCAUCAAGGAUUGGUGCCAGCGGGCAUUCAAGAAUAUCAUAGCAGAACUAGAGUGGAUAUAUAAUUUGGGAGUAGAAGAGAUGAAAACUAGGCUAAGUACACUUCUAAAGUUUUCAGUGCAGCUGGCUGGCAUAUCUAGUGUGAUUGAAGUUUUGUCAUCAUCGUUUAAGGAUGAUCUUUCUGCACAGGUUCAUGACUUGCACCAACUUCAAGAGAGCAUAUUAAAGACAAAACAGCAUUUGGAGAUUAUGAUGUGGUGUGUAAAGCAUCAAUUUCUGGAGGAUUUGACAUCUCGUUAUGUUAAUUUCGCAUCAUGGCGUUCUUCAGUCCGUCAAAGGAAAUCAGCUGCAACUAAGCGUGCAUGGUUUGAUGUGGUAAAUUACUCUGCAGAGUCCACUGGACAGGAUGGUUCUCUGUUCAUUGAAGAUGCACUAGCUAAUCUUGAGAUAGAGCAGAAGUAUAAUCAGGGAAGGGGAGAGGAAUUAGAACUUGCAUCUUUGCACAAGGAUGAAGGAGGCUUGUCCUUCUUUAAGUCCAGGAUAGAGGGAUUGUCAGGUUGCUACCCGUUUGAAAAUCUUCGAGCAGCUGUUGAUAUACUAUUUUUACAUGGUAGUUCUGAUUUGGUUGUUGCAAAGCAGGCAAUUUUUCUCUAUUACCUGUUUGAUCGGCAUUGGACAAUGCCUGAUGAAAACUGGAGACAUAUUGUGGAUGAUUUUGCAGCCACCUUUAGCAUAACCCGGCACUCAUUACUGGAAUCCCUUACUUUCUAUCUUCUGGAUGACCACACAGAUGAGGCUUUGCAGGAAGCUUGUCACCUUCUUCCAGAGAUCUCUGGCCCAACAACUCAUCCGAAGAUUGCUCGAGUUCUCUUAGAAAGGGAAAACCCGGAGACUGCUCUUAUGGUUUUGCGUUGGUCAGGUCGUGAUGGUGGAUCAGAGCUGGUUUCACUCAGUGAAGCUGGGACUGCUGUUCGGGUGAGAGUAGAGUGUGCACUUUUGACUGAAGCUUUUACAUAUCAGAGGAUGCUUUGCAGCAAAGUCAGGGAAAAGCAGUUGAAGUAUGGACCAAGUGGGGGCUCUUCUGAUUAUCUAAAAGGUGACUUCAAGACUUGGGAGCAGUGGGUGGAAAUAUUGGUCACUGAAAUUUGUUGUCUUUGCAUUCGGAGGAACUUGGUGGAUCGGAUGAUCGAGUUACCUUGGAAUUCCAAUGAGGAGAAACAUCUACAUAAAUGCCUAUUAGAUUCUGCUGCUGAUGACCCUUCAACAACUAUUGGUAGUCUUCUUGUUGUCUUCUUUAUUCAGCGUUAUCGAUAUGCGGAAGCAUACCAAGUCAAUCUUAAGCUUCAGAGUGUCGAGCAAGACUUCCUUUCAAGGAAUCCUGUCAGUGAAGAAAUUUUAUCUAGAAUGCAAUCACAAAGUCAUUGGAGAACAAAAUUUGUUGAUUCAUGCAUAGAGUUGUUGCCAGAAGUCCAGCAGCAACUAGUGAAGAGUGGAAAAUUGCCCGUGAUUGCUGUUACUUCUGGUGAAGAAACUGAAAUGCCAGCUCAAUCUGAUCUUUCUGAGUUGCAAGAACCAAAAUCGACUAGUUUGUUGGCCCCUACAUCUGAUUCUUCUCUUUUGGGAAUGAACCAUUUUACUCCAGCUAAAUCAUCGGCUGUUGAAAUGCCCAUUGGACUAGGUGGGUCUAUCUACAAUCCUCACUUUGAAGUUGGCAACUAUAGUACAUCAAUUCUUCGGGAAAGGUUAUUUACGAAUGCAGGGGGAGCAAAGUAUGAAGUUGGUGCCAGCAAAGAUUUCAAAUUUGAUAAAAUAUCAACUCCUGGAAAACGUCGGCCUAGUCUUAUGGAUGCAACACCAUUUAGAGAUAUAAACAAUUCAUCUACAGCUCUUCUAAAUAGACACCGGCAAGAUAAACUUUCGGAUCAAGUCUCAUCAGAACCUGAACAAAAUGGGUUUGCAAGCCAAUUCCAGAACACGAUUCCUCGACAUUCCCAUAGAAUGACAACUAAUCCAGUUUCUACACCUAGCAGUAAUCGUGGCUUGCUGAAAGAUCAUUCACAAGACCUGCGCUCUAAUUUGUCUAGUAAAAGAGUUCAUUCUGAUAGAGAUGAUAGAUCAUGGAAUUUUGUUUCUUCGGAGGAACCAAUGGAUGCCUCUUGGAGCUAUGGAAAGAAGUCUCCUGGUGUGGAAGACAGGUAUGCAAAUGCAAAUGGUGGGCCAAGAUGGAGGUCUGAUGAAACUAGUGAUGAGGAAGAGGAGCCAAGUCCGGAGAGAUCUAUGGGAGUAGCUUCUACUCCAUCGAGAGGAAUUAGAAGAAGCAGAUUUGCUAGGAGAUGAAGAUUGAAUUUGGCCAUCUUAAACUUAAUUUCAAAGAAACACGGCAGAACUGAUUGGAAAGCUGCAAAUUAUAAGAGUAUGUAGGGCAGCGAAGCCAUGACUUAGGGAUAAAAGAGUUGCACAGGUAAAAGCUAUACAGUUCCAUGGAGAAGCAGCUUUCCAUGUAUACACUUACUGUGGUUAUCGUCCACGUGGUGUUGAGAUUGAGUACAGAGAUUGAGGUUUGACAGGUCAUUAUCUUUUUUACAAUGGGUUGAUCAACCGUGUUUUUGUAAUUCAGAGGAAAUGAUUCAUGCCGGUGUUGGCCACAUAUUUGUAUCAUUUUAAAGUAAGCUAAUGCUCAAGGCAUUAUUUUGUUGA